GAAGCACCGCAGAAAAUUGAGGGAGAGGAGAGGGAUUCUUCAGGAGGAUUUCGGAGGCGAAGGACCGCUCCCUGUGAGAAUUUACGAUGCCGGUGAUAAAUGUGGAAGACCUGACGGACAAGGACAAAGCUCUGAUGGAAGUAAACCAGCUAAAAGUUGAAGUGAAACUGGAGAGGUGGUUGACAUCUAAAUGCUGCGAGGAAAUCAAGGACUACAUUCAGGCUGGAGUGGAGGAGGACACCCUUGUCAAAGGCAUUGCAGAGGACAAGAACCCCUUCAAGGAGAAAGGUGGUUGUGUCAUCUGCUAGACCGAACCUGAGGAGCUUUUCAUAUCGAAGAUUAGCACCCAAGGACACUCUCCCCCGCCUCAUAUAAUGGACCUGCACACCGGGAAGACUAGACGGAUAAUAAAGCGCAAAUGUAUAAAACUUCACAGGCUCCCGUGUAAACGAGUGCCCGUCUUCUGGGCAGAUUUGUAGCCGUCAUUUCAUUAUUUAUAAAGAUGUAGUAUAAAAGAGCUAUUUUGGCAAGGGUUAUGCUGUAAAACGCUCCUCUCUCGUGUGGUGUACAUAGACAGAGCAAAAGGACCCACGUUCGUCAAUAAAUGUGCUUGUUUAUACCUGA